AUGGAAGGGACAUCUCUGCUAGUGGAUUCUGUGAUGGCAAGGAGGCAGUGGUUGCUGGGAGGAGGAGGGUCUGUUGUGUUUGCACAGUGUGAGGUGCUACCAGAUAGGCUGGGGCCUCCUCUGGAUAUCCUGCUGGAUUCCCUGAACUGCACAGCCUUCAGCGUGCACUGGCGGAUGCCGAAGCAGCACGCGAGCACCGUCACGGGAUACACGGUCUUUUACUCAGAGAUUGAAGAUGACAAAGCUAUUAAACAGCUCUCACAUGAUGUUCCCUUGAGUUUGGAUAUGCUUAGCAUGGGUCAACUUGAAGGACAAGCAAUUUUCGAGGUUGUUAUUGGUGAUCUGAAGCCAGGCACUCCGCACCGUGUUAGUGUUGGAGCAUAUGGCUGGGCAGGAAAAGGACGGCCCAGCAUGCCCAGAGACGUGACAACCUUGUCCCAAGACAAGUGCAUGCCCCCUGCACCACCUGACCAGCCCCAGAUUGUGGUAGUUUCUGAUUCUGAAGUUGCAUUAUCCUGGAAGCCUGGAGAGAGUGAAGGAAGUUCUCCCAUCCAGUACUACAUGGUGGAGUUUAUCAGGCCAGACCUUGACAGGAAUUGGACAGUAAUAAGAGAGCAGAUCCAGAUGGAGUCUAUGGUUCUCAAGGGACUUCUCCCAAAUACCAAGUAUCAGUUUGCCAUUCGAGCUGCAAACUCCUAUGGAUCCAGCCCUGCCAGUGCACCGAGUGAUGUUAUCCGGACCUUCAGCUCUGAGGAGUUAGGAAGUGGAAGCUAUGGGCACCGGUAUGUCACAGACACAGUGACUGGUGAUGAUGACGGAUUUGAUAUUGAUGACUCAGACUAUGACAUUUACAUAGAAGAGCUCAGACCUCUUCCUGCUAUCAAAGGAGGCAGCAGAAAAUUCCUGGUAGAAACUAAGGUCACACCAGGGUCUAGUUCCAGGCUCCUGUCACGGGUCCUUGAAACCACGUCUGAACCUAGUACUUCUACUCCCACCACCACACAGACUUCAACCACAGCGAGGGCAACUACAGCUCGGGCAGCGAGGAAGAGCAGCAUGUCUUCUGUCACACGCCUCUUUGAUCUCUCCUGUGAUGAGGCCAUCUGUUCUGCAGACAGCUUUUGUGUCAAUGACUAUGACCGGGGUGGCUCACGCUGCCACUGCAACUUGGGAAAAGGAGGAGAGAUGUGUGCAGAAGAUAUUACUAUCCAGUAUCCUCAGUUCUCUGGCUACUCAUACAUCACCUUUGAACCACUGAAAAACUCCUAUCAGACAUUUCAAAUUACCCUUGAAUUCAGGGCUGAAUCAGAAGAUGGUUUGCUGCUAUACUGUGGAGAAAAUGAGCAUGGCCGUGGUGAUUUCAUGUCACUAGCAAUCAUUCGCCGUAGCAUCCAGUUCAGGUUCAACUGUGGCACUGGAGUUGCAGUCAUAACGAGUGAAAACAAAAUCAAGUUGGGGAACUGGCACACUGUCACGUUGUUCAGAGACGGGGUGAAUGGCUGGCUGGGGAUGGACAGUGAUCCUCCAGUGACAGGAAAAUCUCAGGGUCAAUACAGCAAAAUUACUUUCCGGACUCCCUUCUACGUUGGCGGUGCCCCCAGUGUGUAUUGGCUGGUCAGAGCUGCAGGCACCAACCGUGGGUUUCAGGGCUGUGUUCAGUCAGUCAGCAUCAAUGGAAAGAUAAUUGACAUGAGACCCUGGCCAUUAGGGAAAGCUCUCAGUGGGGCUGAUGUUGGCGAGUGUAGCAGUGGCAUCUGUGACGAGGCUGCCUGCAUCAACAGUGGUACCUGCACUGCGAGCAAAGCAGAUUCAUACAUUUGCCUUUGCCCUCUUGGUUUUAAAGGUCAUCAUUGUGAGGAAGCACUCACCUUGGCCAUACCUCAGUUCAACGAGUCCUUAAAGUCAUUUGCUAGCACUCCCUGGCCCUUGGAACCACAGAAUUACCUUUCCUUCAUGGAGUUUGAGAUGACAUUUCGUCCAGAUUUAGAGACUGGUGUCCUUUUGUACAGCUAUGACACAGACAGCAAAGAUUUCCUCUCCAUUAACAUGGUGGCUGGUUAUGUGGAGUUCAGGUUUGACUGUGGCUCAGGAACGGCUGUUAUCAGGAGUGAAGAACCUGUCAGUCUGGGCCAAUGGCAUGAAUUGCAAGUGUCUCGCACAGCAAAGAAUGGUAUCUUACAAGUGGACAAACAAAAGCCAGUGGAAGGGAUGGCAGAGGGGGCUUUUACACAGAUUAAGUGCAGCUCUGAAAUAUUUAUUGGUGGAGUCCCUAAUUAUGAUGAUGUGAAGAAGAACUCUGGGAUCCUCAGGCCCUUCAGUGGGAGCAUCCAGAAGAUUAUCUUGAAUGACCGGGCAAUCGAUGUGAAGAAAGAUUUCACUUUUGGAGUCAACCUAGCAAAUGCUGCCCACCCUUGCGUGAGCUCGCCAUGUGCAAAUGGAGGCACCUGCGUUCCCAAGAAGGACAGCUAUGAAUGUGACUGUCCCCUGGGUUUUGAUGGGCACACUGCCAAAAAAGCCAUUACUGAAGCAAUUGAAAUCCCACAAUUUAUUGGUCGCAGUUACCUCACAUAUGAUAACCCAGAUAUCCUGAAAAGGGUAUCAGGAUCAAGAACAAAUGUGUUCAUGAGGUUUAAAACCACAAUGAAGGAAGGUCUUUUGAUGUGGAGAGGAGACAGUCCCAUGCGACCAAAUAGUGAUUUCAUUUCUCUAGGCCUUCAAGAAGGAGCACUAAUAUUCAGCUACAAUUUGGGCAGUGGCAUUGCUUCCAUCAUGGUGAACGGCUCUUUCAGUGAUGGCCGGUGGCACAGGGUCAAGGCUGUUCGGGAUGGACAGUCUGGCAAAGUAACUGUGGACGAUUAUGGUGCCAGGACUGGUAAAUCUCCUGGGAAAAUGAGGCAGUUAAACAUCAAUGGAGAUCUCUAUGUGGGUGGCAUGAAGGAAAUAGCCCUGCAGACAAACAGGCAGUACAUGCGGGGCCUGGUGGGCUGCAUCUCCCACCUCACCCUUUCAACCGACUACCACAUCUCGCUGGUGGAGGAUGCUGCCGAUGGGAAGAACAUCAACAUGUGUGGGACCAAGUGA